CAUUGCCAUUCUGUUAUAGCCAGCUGGACGUUAUACUACUAUUCUAUAAGUUAUCCGAAGUUACACGCCAUUCCAGAAAAAAGUUAAAUAAAAUCAUAAUAAUUCAAUAAGCACGCCAAAGAAAUUAAAUAUUGCAAUGUCUUAUUGACAACCACAAUGAUCAAUAAACGAAUCCAAAUGUUUGGGUCACCUGCAACGCCGGUGUGGGCUUUAUUGUGGUUAGCCGCUUUUGCGAUCAAUGUAAAUUCGUCUGAACGAAAAGAAUUUCAGUUCAAACACCACAAUAAUGAAGAAAUGUACGAUGCCGUUUUGCAAGUGCGUGACAAAUGCCCAAACAUCACUAGUCUGUACAGGCUAUCGGAAGAUUCAGUAGAAGGCCGUCCACUUUUAGUUCUCGUAUUUUCAGUUCACCCAACUGAGCAUAAACCAAUGGAUCCAGAAUUCAAAUAUAUAGCUAACAUGCACGGUAAUGAAGUACUUGGAAGGGAGCUUUUAUUGAAAUUAGCGGAUUAUUUUUGUGAAGAAUAUAAAGCCGGAAACGAGGAAAUUGUAAAAUUAAUUACCAAAACUAGGAUUCAUCUAAUGCCGUCAAUGAAUCCUGAUGGUUGGCAAAGAUCAACAGAUGAUGGAGGCAGUAACUAUUUAAUAGGCAGAGACAACACCGAAGGUGUGGAUUUAAAUAGAAAUUUCCCAGAUUUAGACAGAAUUGUAUUUGACAAUGAAGCAUAUUACAAAGAUAUUAACAAUCAUUUGAUGCAAAUGGUGGAUCAUUUGUCACAACCGGUGCAACCAGAGACCAAGGCUGUAAUGCAAAUGAUUAUGUCUAUACCAUUCGUGGCUUCGGCUAAUCUUCAUGGAGGCGAUUUAGUUGCCAAUUAUCCAUACGAUGCCAGUAGAUACGGCAAUGUGCAGGGCGAAUAUGCUACAAGUCCCGACGACAAUACUUUUAAAUGGUUAGCUUUAUCCUAUGCAAAUUAUCAUGCAGAUAUGGCCAAUCCAAAUAGAAUGCCGUGUAGAGGGGGUGAUACAAAUUUUGGAAAAGAAGGUGGUAUCACUAAUGGUGCUAAAUGGUAUAGUGUUAGAGGAGGAAUGCAAGACUUUAAUUACUUGUCUUCCAAUGAUUUUGAAAUUACCUUAGAGUUGGGGUGUGACAAAUAUACAAAAGAAAGCGAACUAGAAAAAGAAUGGAACAGAAACAAAAAUGCACUUAUCAACUUGAUUUGGCAGUCACACAUAGGAAUCAAAGGGAUAAUUAAAGAUGCGGUCACGUUAAAACCAAUAGUAAAUGCAUUUAUCAAAGUGGUAAACGUUACUAAUGGCAUACUAUCACCAAUCUUACACGAUGUAACUUCCGUUCAAGACGGAGACUAUUACAGACUGCUCACCAAUGGUGAUUAUCACGUCACAGCUUCCAUGGAUGGAUAUUUAUCUUCAACUAAAUUGGUUACUGUCGAAAACAAACACCAUAACGAAGCAAAAAUAUUGAACUUUACGUUGCAGCCGAUAAUUUUACCCAGUAAUUAUAGCAAAAAAAGAAAGCGAUUGGCUUAUUCUAAUCCAAUUACUGCUGAUAAAUUACAGAUGUCUUAGUUUCAAUUAAUAUUAUUUCAACAUUAGUGCCUAUACAUUUAAUUUGGCAUUAUACAAAAUAUAAUACAAUUCAUCGAUAAAAAACACUGCAGCAAAAACUAAAAUAUGUCAACACUAGUACAACUUUAUUAUAUUUGUCUAUAGAACUAGAAGUAAAGAUGCAUAAUGUAGAACCAUUAAAUUUAAUUAAAUUGCAAUUAUAUUGUAUAACUAUAA